AUGUGUCGCCUGUGGGCGUUCCUGUUCGUUGCGCUUUAUAGCAUCGAAAGCAUCGCAUUCAUAAAUGGCCAAACGCUGGACGGCGGAAGUGAACCAGGUAUCGACUAUCAGAAACUGCUCGCGAAGCUGGAGAUAUUGGAUACGAAAAUCACUCGAGUGGAAACUGCAUCACGGGAACAGUUUUCACUGCUGGAGUCAAAAUUGGAGAAAAUCUUCAAGCAAGUCGAAAACAUCAGCUGGUCGGUGCAGUCUGUGCAGAAGGACGUGGAAUUUGUUAGAAAGGAAAUUCAACAGUUCAAAAACUAUUCACGCGAACAGUUGAACUUACUGACCGACAGUGUGGCAAUUAUUCAGUCGUUGCUAGUUGAAGGUCGCCGUCCGAAAGACGAGCAACAUCCUGCAAAAGGCGAGUCAUCGCUGCGGCGGUUAAACAUGCAGCAGCCGCAAUCUCAACUAGUGGAGCAGAAAAUUUACGACAGUUGUGAUGUCGUUCCAAGAAAUGGUUCACAGAUCGAAAAACUUCAACCGGAAGCAGGUUUUGGGGAAGCUUUUUCGGUGCUUUGUGACCAGGAAUACGAGAAUGGCGGAUGGGUGGUGAUACAAAACCGCUUCAAUGGUUCGGUGGAUUUCUAUCGUGGUUGGAAAGAGUACCGGAACGGGUUCGGAAAUUUGAAUGGGGAGUUCUGGCUGGGUUUAGACAAAUUACACGCUUUGACUUAUUCGGCUCCGUACGAGAUACAUGUGCUGAUGGAAGAUUUCGAAAAUCGCACUGUUGUGGCAAAAUAUGCCAGAUUUGCCGUUGGAAAUGAACACGAAUCCUAUGCGAUCACGAGACUGGGGGAUUAUAGUGGAACAGCUGGCGAUGGACUGAGCUACCACCGGGAGACCAAAUUCUCUACUAUGGACAUGAACAACGAUUUGCCGGGGAAUAAUGGAGCGGUUGAUUGGACCGGUGCGUGGUGGUAUCGCCGGGGACAUCACAGUAACCUAAAUGGUCAAUACCUAAGAGGAGCUGUCGAUUACACCAAAUUUCAUGGCAAAGGAAUGACGUGGAAUCCGUUCAGAGGAUACGACUAUUCUUUAAAACGAUCGCGAAUGAUGAUUAGACGAAUUCUUCAGAAUACUCAGUAA